AUGUCGAAACCCUACAUUCACGGCCACCAUGCAUCCGUACUUCGCUCGCACUCGUGGCGCACGGUUGAGAACUCCUGCCCACACCUGCUCCCUUACCUGAAUAACCCCUCCCUCAAGAUCCUUGACGUAGGAUGCGGUCCGGGCACCAUAACUGUGGAUCUGGCAUCACGGGUCCCACAAGGCUCUGUCUUCGCCAUUGAUCCCUCUCCCGCAGGGUUCGAGAUAGCCAGAAAAUACGCCGAAGAGAAGGGUGUCACAAAUGUGCGAUUCGAGAUUGGAGAUAUAUUCAACUGGAAGGAGUUGGAGGGGGUUGAAGAGGGAGGCUUCGACAUCGUGCAUGCACACCAGGUGCUACAGCAUCUUCAAGACCCGCUAGGGGCAUUGAAGGAGAUGAAGAAGCUCACAAAACCUGGGGGCAUCGUUGCAAUAAGGGAUGUAGAUUAUUCCGCCAUGACGUGGUACCCUGAUAUUGAGGGCAUGCGUCCUUGGCUUGAUCUCUAUAUCGAUGUGGCGAAGACACUUAAGUGCGACCCGAAUAUUGGACGGAGACUUCAUGCCAUAGCUAUGGAAGCUGGAUUUCUAAGGAGCGAUAUCGAUGCUAGUACUGGGACAUGGACGUUUAGCACGCCGGAAGAGUUGGCACACUGGUGUGGUGUCUGGGCGGAGAGAACCGUACAAAGCAAUUUCAAGAAAAGCACUAUCGAAAGCGGUCUUGCUACUGAAGCCGAUUUGCAAAACAUCGUAACGACAUGGCGAGAAUUCGAGAAAAAGGAAGAAGGAUGGUUUGCUGUAAUCAACGGGCAGAUAAUCUGCCAUGUCGAAUGAAACACCCUCUCACUUUCAAACACCUCUUCUAAUUACUGCAGUUAUCGAAUAACCCCCUCCCCCUGUGGGCAAAAAAACCCACCGUGCCGAAACAAAUUCAACUGAUUAGCAUCUCAAGCCUUCCUCCUGGAAUCUAUAAACUUAUUGUCAAUAUGGCACUAUUCUCUAUCUAUGUCUUUC